GGAAAAAACACACAACUCUAUUAGCGCACACCAGCAGAUAAUACAUGUCAGGACGGUAGCCGGGAGUCGACUCGUCGCGGAGACGGAUAACCUAAUAUUGAGUUUGAUUUCUGUCGCUACAUUUUAUCCUCGGAUGAGAAAUGUCUCCAGCGGAGCACAGACGUUUAUUUAUUGUUUGAGUCGUAGCUAGCGGGCUAACUCCCCUUUCCCCCCUAACUACGAGCUAGCUACUUAGGUGUGAAAACAUAUAAAAUCCGGCUUUGGCAGGCUGUGGUCAAGAGAACGAAACUUGACAAUGAAUGGCCUUUCUGUGAGUGAGCUGUGCUGCCUGUUCUGUUGCCCCCCCUGCCCCAGCCGCAUUGCCGCCAAGCUCGCCUUCCUGCCCCCUGAACCCACCUAUGCCCUCCUGCCCGACCUGGAGGCCGGGCCUGUACCGGCCGGACCCACAGGGACGUCGAGCCUUCGCUCCAGGGGAGGAGCUGGGAGUUCUGUUGGAGGAGGGAAUGCCACAGGGGAGGGGCGCUGGAAGCUCCACCUCACAGAGCGGGCGGAAUUCCAGUAUUCCCAACGGGAACUGGAUGCCACUGAAGUGUUCUUGACUCGCUCAAGUCGGGGGAACAGAGUUGGAUGCAUGUACAUUCGCUGUGCCCCUUCGGCGAGAUUUACUGUGCUGUUCUCCCAUGGUAACGCUGUGGAUCUAGGCCAGAUGAGCAGUUUCUAUAUCGGCCUGGGUACUCGCAUCAACUGUAACAUAUUCUCCUAUGAUUACUCCGGCUACGGGGUCAGCACGGGAAAACCGUCAGAAAAGAAUCUGUACGCAGACAUAGACGCAGCGUGGCAGGCUCUACGGUCGCGAUAUGGCAUCAGCCCAGAGAAUAUAAUUCUGUAUGGACAAAGCAUUGGCACAGUGCCCACGGUGGACCUGGCAUCUCGAUACGAGUGUGCGGCUGUGAUUCUUCACUCCCCUCUCACCUCUGGAAUGAGGGUGGCCUUCCCUGACACUAAGAAGACUUAUUGUUUUGAUGCAUUUCCAAACAUUGAGAAAGUGUCUAAAAUCACAUCUCCAGUGUUGAUCAUCCAUGGGACUGAGGACGAGGUCAUCGAUUUCUCCCACGGCCUGGCCCUGUACGAGCGCUGCCCCAAGGCCGUGGAGCCGCUGUGGGUGGAGGGAGCCGGGCACAACGACAUCGAACUGUACAGCCAGUAUCUAGAACGCCUGCGUCGUUUCAUCGGACAGGAACUGGCCACACAACACCCCUAAGCUCUCUUCCGUCUCCGUUUUUCCUCUCUUCAACUUGCCAUCCCACCAUCCCCCAGUAUGAACGAGAGCGAGAUGGAUGUUCGUAACUUAUUGAAGGCUGCCAUUUUGUAUGGACGACUUAUUAUCGGAGCAACUUGACACAAAUGAGCUGCUUGGAUUGGUUAUAUUAAAUGUUUUCUUUUCUUCACCUUCAUUUUUCAUCUCCAUGUACUUGAGAGCAUGAGUGGAAACUCUGGGGGAUGGAAGCAGAACUUCUCUGGGGCAAGGACGGAUCCUUCUCUGCCUGUUGAAGUAGUUCUCUGCACUCUAACCAGUGCAAGGGAAAAGCCUGAUGCAGUUUUUUGCCUUCGACCUGAGGAUUCAUUUGUACAGUGGUUCUCCAGCUUGCUCCCAUGAUGAAUCAGCCGAGAGAUCUUCACUUCCCAAUUCUCAUCAGACGACCUAAAAUAGCUCAAUCCCAGCUCCAGCGUGCCUGGCAGUAUUCCAAAGCCUGGGUGGAAAGCGUUGACCCUGCCGGAGGGUUCAGAAUAAACAGGAUAUUUGGUGGUGGAUGAUUUUAAGUGUCCUAUACCGGUGCAAAAAAGCCCAUCUUAGCAUGGUGUCACCUCAACCUCCCCCCUCUUUUUUAAUUCAUAAAUGGAACCAUUUGGCCUACUCGGGAUGGCUCUUGUGUCCAGGUGCGUGGGGUUUUCUCUCUCAUAACCCUUUGGGAUGCUGACCUCUAUGUACAAAUGUGUUGCCCUCUGAUGAGUUUCCUUUUUUGUAAAAGAUGAACCGGCCUUUGGUAAAGUGACCUGGUCUACUCUGCUCCAGGCAAGGAAAGCUAGAAUCCUGGGACUUGGCCUUUGUCCCCAGCAGAUCAGUCCAUUUCUCUUGCUUUCUCCUCCCAUUCAUAGUAGUAUAUGAGGGUGUCCAUAACACCCUGAGGUGGAAGAGACCGGGAAGGUUGCCCAGUCAUCAUAUUUCAAUGAAACCGCUGUGAAACACAGUACACUUGCUGCUCUCUGAGUAAAGCUAAUUCACGACCAGAUCCAUACCUCAUGGUUAUGAACUGUCGGGCUAGUAGAAAGACUGAGGUCGGGGACUUUCCUAAAUCCUGAAAUUUGGCAUAGUGUUUUCACACGUCUACAAGACAGGAUCAGGCAGUUGAACCUGUAAAAAAACAAUAUCGUCAUUAUUUACUCAUGUCAAUCCAAACUUGUCUUAGUUCCCUUUACAGCAGGACACAAAGGGAGGAUUUUGUUAUAAUAUCCUGGUCAUUCUUUUCUAUUUAAUAAAGGUGGGAAUUGACGGUGUGUGGCUGGCAAGCGAACAUAUUGUAACCGUUAUAAAAUGUCUAAUUUUGCCACGGAGAGCUAGGCUGGAUGUUAAGAUGUCAUCAUUUAAAUGUUGGUCUUUUUCUUAUCUUUUUGCUGUUUUUAUAUGGCUCUUCUUGUAAUUUUGGAGUUAUACAGCCCCAGUCCUUAUACACUGAAUUAUGGAAGAAAGUAUUCAAAUCCUUCUAAUGUUCCAGGUUAAGAUCGACAUGAGACACAGUUGUUAUUUUUGGGUGAACUGUCUUGCGGAUUAACAGUGUGAAAGCAAGUAACGCACAAACAUGGAUAGUAAUCGGUCUCCCAUGCGGCAAUGACAUACAACUCGUAGCCAGUUUUUCCUGUUUGUGGUUUGACGUGAAUGAUCUCCUUGUAAUAGAACUGUUACGUUCUCUCAUACAGUUUGCAUUCAAGCUGUUAUCUCAAAUACAUCUGUUGUUGUUGGGUUUUUGUGUUGUUUAAACAAAUGCUUAAAAAAUGGGAGUUAUAGAUCAGAUCAUGUAAUGCAAAGUAUAUAAUUUAAAGAUUUUUUUAGGAUUAUGAAAAAAGAUAUUUCUCUUUCCUUGUCAAAUUACUGGCUUAGUGGCACAUGUUAUUUUUCUAAAGGCUAUAAGCGGGAUUACUAGUGAUUGUAAAUGACAUGUGGUCAUUUUAAACCUUUUUAUGUGAUAUGGCUUUACUCUUCCUUCUUCCCCUUAAGCGCUGUCAUCUCGAGUCAAGCUUCUCAUCUUCAAAGCAUUUUCCUUCGAUAUGAUGAUGCAGCUAUGACUCUUAAAGUUAUCAGGUUUUAAGAUGUAUUGAAAAUCAAGACUAUUAAAGGCAACCGGUUGAAAUCCCAGAAACACUAGCGCUGACAUCAUUCAGUGAUAUCUUAUAGCUUUUCAACUGUGAAUUAAAAAGAGAGCUGCUACAGAUCAGAUGAAUGGUCUCAAUUCAAUUAAAGGGCCAUACCAAGUAAACCUUUGUUGAAUUUGAUGCAAAAAAAAACACCAAGCCCGUUUAUUAAGAUAAGACACCACUUGACAUAACUUUUUUGCACUGUGGGUUCAUAACUAUUCUGAAUGCCGCAUCAUUUAUUUUGCCUCAUUUACAGUCUACAUUGUCAGGGUGUUUUUUGCUGGAUUAGUUCAACCCUUUUUUUCCAAGUAACCCACAAAACCUGUUCUUAUGUUUUCCAUUACACCCUGUCAUGGGCUCUAUUCUGUUUAAACUUUAUUCCACUGCUACACAAAGCACAGUGAUCAUUUUGUAUUCAAACAAAACACUCCGUUGGUUAGUAAGUAAUAACCAAAGCCUGUUUCCAAAAUGUACUAGGUUAUAAAAUCUGUUGUUUUAACACAAAGGGGCUUGUUCAUUCUCCAUUCUGACCAAAGAUGACAGGUGAUGGCAGCCCACUGCCAUUUGUCACCACCACUGGGAUGUGGACUACAGAAGGAGUGCCCACACUUGGGCUAUUCAGACAGAGCCAGGUCUCACACAAUACCGGCUGCUGUUGAAGCCAUCGAUGGGAUGUUUUGUCCAUCGAGUGGACUGUUGGCGUGUGCUUACCUCCAGUAACGCAGAAGUGUUUGGAGACCUGAAGCAAUACUGACUGAAUCAGAGGAUUAGAUAUAUGGAUGCUCUGUGCAUAUAGACAACCCAGGGGGGGCACAUUGGUUUGAGGUGGGGCUAUCACCCAGAAGCUCCAUCCAAACACAUUCAGAUACAAACUUUACUAAGAUUUUCUUGUCUAAAGGAUAUAAGUUAUAGAACUGUCUUUUAAAACUUUAAGAUGUAUGUACUGUAUAACAUUGUUUGAAAAUCUGAGAACCUGUUUUUUAUCUUAAUUGGUCAGGAGACAGAGUCAUGGGUGUGUUCUAUCUUAUAAGGCAUUAGUCUAAUGUUGUUGUUUUUAGUUUUAAAGAUGUAUUUCCUUUUCCAGAAUUAUUGAAAGUAUGAGAUCUUAGAAAAUAAAAAGAUGAAUUGGUAA